AUGUCUGCUCUAUCAUCAUCAAUUGGUAAUCAGAGAUCGAUAAUUUCAUCAAGCAAACCAGAUAAUUUGGAUGAGCUUGAAAUUCUCGAUCAAAAAAUCAAUCAAAUCAGAGAGCAAGUAAACAACUCUGAAUUAGCUCUUCGAACAUUAACAGAUGAACUCGAAAAUAAGCAUGAAAUUUACGUCAGACAAAUUGAAGAUCUAAAAAGUCAAAUUGAUGCCGCAAAUAGAGAAGCAGAAAAUGCAUAUGUAAUGCAACAAUCAAACGAACAACAAGAAUAUCUGCGAUUACAUCGAAAACUUGAAGCAGAAAUCCUUCAAUAUCAAGCUCAAUUUGAUGCAGCUUCGAAUAAAUUAGAAAGAAGUGCCGAGCAAAGCAGAGAUUAUGCCGAUGUGCGCAAGGCUUGGCAAAUUACUGAUAUGAUGCGCUCUCUUCAAAUAGAAGCAGGAAAGGUCAGCGAAUACAAUCUUACAAGAUCACUCGGACGCACAGAGAAAAAGUUACAGAAGCGUGCGAAAAUACGUGAUGCUCAAAUGCGCCUGAAAACCGCAGAGGAUGAAUUAUCAAAAAUGAACGCCCAAGUUAAAGAAUUUCAAGCCAAUUGUCGUAUCGAACAGAAAGAACUGCAAAACAAACUCGAAAUGUCAGAGCAAAAUCAUAAGCUUUUAAUGCAAAAAUUAGUAAAUGAACAAAAUCAUCGCGAUAAGGACUAUAUAAGACAUCUUGACGCUGUUAGAUUAAAUAUUUAUACUGAAAAACAAAGAAUGGAAUAUGAUACUCAAUCGAAUGAAUCUAAAAUUGCUAAUUUGCAAACAAUUCUAAAGUCAGUUCAAAAGCAAGGCUUGCAACAAAUGUCACUUCUUACAUCUGAUAUUCAAAAGCUCCAAACAGCGCUUGAUGCUGCCGAACAAUCAGAAAGCAAAUUUUCUUUCUCAACUAAAGGAAAUGAUACUAAAAUGCAGGAUCUCAGGACAAAGCAUGCCAAAUGGAAAUCACUCGCUGAUGGAAUUAUUGAAGAAACAGAAGAGUUGAAAAUUGAAAAUCAAAAAAUUGUUGCUGAACUCGAAAAAAUCGAAAAUAAGUCUAAGCUUCAGCGCAAGUCUGUUAACCCUAUGAGAAGAAGUAUGAAUUAUUAUUGA